CAACUUCUCUUUCCCUCUCUUGAGAUAGACACAUUUCAAACAAAUAAAAAAUGGCGUUGCAAGUUUCUUCAUGCAGACCAAAAUCGACCUUGUUCUCUCUUCUCCUAUGUCUUCCACUACUUUUGCUUAUUUCUUCCUCAGUAGCUGACCUCUCUUUUAACUUCUACGCCGGUUCUUGCCCUGGAGCUGAGUUAAUCGUGAGGAACACAGUUAGAUCUGCUUCUUCCUCUGAUCCAUCAGUCCUUGGGAAGCUUCUCCGCCUCAUCUUCCAUGACUGCUUCGUUCAGGGUUGUGAUGGUUCAGUCUUGAUUCGAGGGAACGGUACAGAGCGAAGUGACCCUGGUAACGCGUCUCUAGGAGGAUUCGCUGUUAUAGAAAGCAUCAAAAAUGUUCUUGAAAUCUUUUGUCCAGGCACAGUGUCUUGCGCUGAUAUCCUUGUUCUUGCUGCUCGAGAUGCAGUAGAAGCUCUUGGAGGACCGGUAGUUCCGAUACCGACAGGGAGAAGAGACGGGACGGUCUCAAUGGCGGCAAACGUCAGACCAAACAUCAUCGAUACCGAUUUCACAGUUGAUAAAAUGAUCAAUAUAUUUUCCUCUAAAGGCUUAUCUAUUCAAGAUCUAGUCGUCCUCUCUGGAGCGCACACUAUUGGAGCUGCGCAUUGCAACACGUUCAACAGUAGGUUUAAGCUUGAUCCCAAAGGAAAUUUAGAGUUAAUAGACUCGUCUCUUGAUAACUCCUAUGCCCAAACACUUAUGAACAAGUGUUCAUCGUCAUUGGAUCCGACAACCACGGUCGUUGAAAACGAUCCAGAGACAUCUUCGACGUUCGAUAAUCAGUACUACAAGAAUCUGCUAGCUCACAAGGGUUUGUUUCAGACGGAUUCAGUUCUCAUGGAAGAUGAUCGAACGAGGAAGAUUGUUGAGAUUCUUGCAAAUGAUCAGGAGAGUUUCUUCGAGAGAUGGACUGAGUCGUUUAUGAAGAUGAGUGUGAUAGGUGUGCGAGUUGGUGAAGAAGGUGAGAUCAGACGUUCUUGUUCUGCUGUUAAUUAAAAGAAGAUGAGACCAAGUUCUAAACAGAGGGGAGCACAACUGGAAAAUAGUGUAUUAGUUAUAUUUAAUAGUGAAAUACGAUUUCUUUAUUUAUUUAUUUUCAGCUCAAUGUAGACAAAUACGAAUUUAGCAAAAAUCAAAAUUAAUUAUUACUCCACAGUAUUUUACUGAAAGAGUGGCAGAAAGUAAAAUUUACUUAUCAAGGAUUUUCAUGUGUUGACAAAACUAGUAGUGCAGGUUUAUAUUGUUUUCAUGUGCUGAAACACACUGGUUUGGAAAAAGAGUACAAGAGGUUGUUUAAUGAUAGACUAAUGAAUGUUUCGCCCAAAAAAAAAAAAAAAAAAAAA